AUGUCUGAACUUAAUGUCUCCCUUGGUUACUUUCUUGCUGUUGUGGCGUUUGGUGCAGCCUUCAGAGUACUUUUCAGGAAAUGGCCUUGUUUGAGCUUUGCAGCAGAGUUCCCAGCCUCAUUUGUGCUGGUGGCAUUCUGGCUGGAGGUGCAGACCAUUAUAGAGGUGGGCGAGUGGGCAGGGGGACUAGGAUCAGACGUGACUCUAACCAUACAGUUUGUGGUGCUGCUGACCCAUGGUGUGAUAUGUGCUGGAGCCACUGGAAACCCCUCCCUGACUCUGAUGAAUUUCCUGCUGCUGGAGACCUCUGCUUUGCCCACUCUGCUGGCUCUGGCUGCUCAGUUCCUGGGGGCACACCUGGCCCUGCUUGUAGCUGGUUACUACUGGGCAAUGGAGCUCAAUGACAUGCAUAUAAUUAAGAACCUGCUGUUAAGGGAGUGCAGCACAGCCCUGCGUGUCUCCCUGGUGCAAGGGGUCUUUUCUGAGUGUGUGUCUGCAUUAAUCUUUUAUCUGAUAUACCUCAGCCUGAGAUGUCGCUCUGCGCUGAUUCGGGUGCCUCUCUUUGCAGCUGUGCUAACCCUUCUCUCCCAUGCAGGUAAGUAGACCAUGAUGACAACCAUCAUGCCUCAAACAUAAAGACAUUUCAGUAGAAAGAUAAUCAUUAAAGUUGCGUAGGCCUAUAUGCUGUUUUCAUUGUGUUAUAUUUGUUUGUCAGGGCAAAAUCUGUUUUGCAGAUUUCUGCAUCACGAUCAGAUAACGUAUCUUUCUAUGCAUUUCAGCCAGUGGUUAUACUUCAGCUUUCCUGAACCCCUCCCUGGCCUAUGGCCUUACCUUCUACUGUCCUGGGUUUACCUUUACGGCAUACUCAGUGGUCUACUGGCUUGGGCCCAUUAUUGGUAAGUCAAAUCAGAAUUGUUCAUUAUAUACAAACCCCUAAUAAAAGUCUACCAAUAGACAAAAUGUAAUUGCCAAAGGUAAUGUGUGAAACAGGCAUUAUGCAUGACAAUGAGGCAUAAUUGCUUAUCAAGCUGGUAAUACAGAUAUCCUCUUUUCAGGAAUGACCCUGGCCCUUCUCCUGUACAUGGGCCACAUUCCCAGGAUUUUUGCAAAGAAUCUGCUAUAUUCCCAGAAGACCCACUUACAGGUGCCAAAGGGGGAGGGCGAUAAAAAGAAAAUGUGA